AUCGAUUGCAAAAGUCUCGAUCAUAACAGAAACAAAUCCGACUCGCGUCCGCUGAUCGGGUUCGGCAGCCGUGUGGUGGCUCAUCGUGGCCUUGUGCAUCAUACGGAAGACACGUCAACGCUACAGCUCCGUUCAGCCUCAUCAUAUUUCGAGAUCCGCUUCUGGAACUAUCCUCAACUCAUUCACGGUAAAAAUCCCAAAAGUCCCCAACCGGCAAAAUUAUUCUAUGGAUUUAUUCCAUUCUGA